UUAGCUGAAGUUUUAAUAAAUUAAUUAAAAAUAUGGAAGUUUUAUCUCUUUCACAAGAAGGUGCUCAUGACAUGAUUUCUAAAGUCUUAUCAAUUAUGCAGUCCAAAGGAGUCAAGCGAGACCUCUUGGUUGGUCUAAGCAAUGAUCUUGGCUUCCAUAAGUUCUGCACCGAGUGGGUGUCUCAGAAAUGAUCAACCGAAUCUAUGCAGAUAAAGCAUCAGGAUACAAAUACUCUGAACGAGAUGAAGGAGAAAUUGAGAGUGCAGAAGAAUCUAAUUGGAAAAUUAAAGGUGGCCUACACAGAAAGAGAGGAAACUAAGCAUGCUUCUGAUGAAAAUAAUUUGGAGUUAAGACUAAUGCUCUCCAAAUAUGAACACAACAGUGGGUAUCUGAGCACAUUUGAUUCGAAAACAAACCUUACAAUCAACACAACAUUCGCAAGAGAGAAGAGAGUCCUCAAAGCAAUAUAAAACUUCACAUUCCUGAAUGUUACAAUGUCACUUUCACCUUCUCCAAGAAUGACGACAAGAUGGUCAGAAAAUUCUUCAGACAAGUUUUUCCCAACAGAAUUGAGAUGCUCCAGUUAUUCUAUCUCAAUGGAAAUUCUCCUUACGGCCAGAAGAUCAACAUUGGGAUUUAUCUUAAAGAAAUACAACUUGCUUCAUUGAGCCUGACGAGAAUGCUCCGCCUAAGAGGGUUCAGCAUUAGUCAAGCCCAACUCAAGAGACUUUUUUCUGUGUUCAAGAGGAUUAAAAUCAUUGUUUUGAGCAGAUGAUUAAUUGAUUUCAGCACUGUUCCAGACCUUUCCCAAGCUCUUGAGAAUUGUUCCCUUAGAAAUCUUGAUAUAGACUUUUCGAUUAUUAAUAGAAGUUUAGAGGUUGGCCAGAGAAUUCAAAACUGUCAAAACUUUAUCGAAGCUCUAGCCCAAGCUCCAGACUUGGCCCAAAAUCUAGAGAAGUUGAAACUGACAAAUGUAGGUUUCUCAAAAGAAGUUGUGAAGAAAAUAUGUGCAACUUAUCAGCUGGACUGCAUCCUCGAUAAUAAGAAUCCUUGGGCAUAGCUAACAUUAAAGCAUAAUAUCCAUAAUUGUAA